GGCCCUUGGCGGGCGUUGCUGCGCACCCCUGCCCGUCACCCAGGCUUGUAACAUAGGGAGACGCGGUCUGGCGAUGCUCCUGUCAUGUGCAGGAUGCGAGAAACCGAUAAUGGAUCAGUACCUGCUGAACGUUUUGGACCGUGCAUGGCACGUCGAGUGCGUGCGUUGUUUCGACUGCAGAGCCGCGCUGCAAGACAAGUGCUUCUCCAGGGAGGCGAAGCUCUUCUGCAGGAACGACUUCUUCAGGCGAUACGGCACCAAAUGCGGCGGCUGCCUCCAAGGGAUAAACCCGCAGGACCUCGUGAGGAAAGCGAGGGACAAGGUUUUCCACCUGAAUUGCUUCACCUGCCUGGUGUGUCGGAAGCAGAUGAGCACCGGCGAGGAGCUCUACGUCCUGGACGACAACAAGUUUGUCUGCAAGCAGGACUACCUGUCGGGCAAACCGCUGCCGGACACGCAUCACGUGCACGGUCAUCACGAACCGUCCAACCUGUCGGCAGGCGGAGACUCGCUGAUGGGCUCGGGAUCGGAAGACGAGGACGAGGACGGUAGUGCCCACCAUCACCAUCACGAUCCGGCCGUUCGCGGCGCCCAUCUCGGGACGCACAACAUUGGCUCGGGUGGUCCCGGCGACCAGGCCGUCGGCCACGGUGGCGAACUACCUCUCAGCGGCGAUCCCUGCAAGCAGGAGGACUCCGAGGAUCAAGGUUCCCUGGACGGCGAUCCCGAGACGAGGGACAGUCAAACGGAGAACAAGAGUCCGGACGGCGGCGCCGGCGGCGGCAGCGGCGACGGCAGCGCCGGUUCGAAACGACGCGGCCCGCGGACCACUAUAAAGGCGAAACAAUUGGAGAUCCUGAAGACGGCCUUCUCGUCGACCCCCAAGCCCACCAGGCACAUCAGGGAGCAGUUGGCGAAGGAGACUGGCCUGCCCAUGAGAGUCAUACAGGUCUGGUUCCAAAACAAGAGGAGCAAGGAGCGCAGGCUGAAGCAGCUGACGUCGAUGGGCAGGAACCCCUUCUUCGGGGGCUCGCGCAAGAUGCGCGGCUUCCCGCUGAAUCUGAACCCGGGCGCCCUCGGCGGCGAGGACGGGCCGCCGCCCGGCUUCCCGUACUUCGGCCCGGACAAAUUCGAAUUCGGCUACGGCGGCCCGGUGGCCUUCCACCACGAGUUCUUCGGCGCGCAUCCGCCCCCGCAUCCGCACGGACCGCACUUUGCUGGUACGGGAAAUCCAGUACGUAAUCUGUUUCUGACAGGCCUGGACCCGGCCAGUUUAGCGGGCAUGGCAGCCGCAGUGGCGGUGGCAGGGGAAUACCCACCUCCGGGCGCGGGGGGCGGCCCUCCGGAAUUUCUCACGGGGCCCCCCGGGCAGGGGCCCCCUGCGCCCACCGGCGGCAGCCCCGGAGAGUUCCUGGCACCUUCAGGUAAGAGGGAAAUAUCCCCUCCGUACCAUUACCACCGAAAAUCGGCCGAAUCGCGAUCGCCAAUCUACCUCGGGUCUGCCCGCAAGCGGGCUUAAUAUUUGCGCUCGCGCCGAUUUAUUAGCGUUAUUUUCGCGAUGCGGCGGCGAGCCAUUAACUCGCGAGCGUUUGAAGGGGAUCGACCCGUUUCUCGCGCCGAAAAAUAAUAUCCCGCACGAUCCGCUUCUUCGUAAACGUCGAAUAAUUUCUUCGUCGGUAACUAAACGUCAGUAUUUUAACAGUUUCGCCUUUUUUCCACUUCAUUAUAUUUUACAUCGCUGUCUAUCUUAAUUAUUUUUCGUAACUUGAUUUUCGGUAGUGCGCACAAAUUAAUGGCCGGGAAAGAGGGAUUGUAUAAUGUUCACUUGGGCCGUUUCGUGACGAUUAUUCGUGACGAUUUAUUAUACACAUCUCUGUUACAUCGAACAUGCCGUGUCGUGUUAAUUAGGAACGCUUUAGUCACGCGGUAUCGAAUCGAAACUGUUUCACGCCAUUCAACGUUUCACGUUGAAAUGAAAAUUAUACGUUGCCGUUAACCUUUCGCACGCGGUAUCAUUUUUAUCGCGCGGCAUCGCGCGCCAUUAUUCGCGCACCGUCGCGAUGUUAUUUCGCGCACGAAAGGGGGAGAUUUCUAGCCGGCUAGGAUUUUCUGCAACAAAGUACACGGCUGCGUGAAUGUCAUUUCCUUCUGAGCCUGUCGUACGGAUAAUUGAGAUCUGGCAAUCACCUGGCGUGACCUUUCGCGAUACGUCUAAUACUUGAAAUUCACGUUUUCCAACGAGCGUCAGAUACGCAUAUGCGUCUUAUCCGGCUGUCGCCGGCGUAUCAAUCAAGUCACACACACGUUAUUAAUUCGUCGUGGAAAGUGCAGUUAGCGAUAGUCGCAUUAAUAAUCACAAAGGAGCGCGUUUAACGUGGCUAACGUGGCUUCUGGUAGCCCGAGGGCAAAAGUUUGAGAAUUUCGCAACGCGGCCACUUUUAUCAUAUUUAUUGAAAUUUACGGCAGCAAAUGUUACGUUUUACGUACAUACAUACAUAAUGCCUGUAAGGGAUAAUAGAAUAACGACAAUAUUGGAGUUUUUCGCGACUCUCUGAAUCGAUGGAUUCGAGGCAAACAAAACCCGCUUUCGACUAGUUGGAAUAUACGGCGAGAUUUUCUGCGUGUUGGAGACUUUCGAG